GUUAGAAAGAGGUAUCGGAAUCCUAAAAAGUCAAUUGUCUGUUGGUUACACGAAUAUCAAAAAAACACAAAAAUUAUUCAAUUUUCUCCUUUUUUUAUUUCUUUAUUUCUUUUUUACUUUUCUCUAUCAUUAUUUAGAGAAUGUAUCCAAAUAAUCCUCCUCAUGGUACCGGAAAAUCGGAUUAUGAUCAAUAUCCUUUAAAUCAAUUUACUGCUCAUGAAAUGGAUCGAUCAUCCCCUUUUGCUGACCCUUAUCCUCAAGAAGCUCCUGGUCAAGGGACAGGUCCUGGUUUUGACCAUCAACCUUUACUUCAUAAUAAUAAUAAUGUUGGUGAUCCUACUGGUUUUCGUCCUUUAGGUCCUCCUCAAGGUGCUCCUCCUUCUCCAUAUGCUCCUCCUUCUCCUCAUGCUAACUUUGGUUCUCCUCCAUCUAAUGUUUAUCCACCAAGUUCACCUAAUCUUCAUUAUGGUGCUGCUCCUCGUCGUCAACCUCGUCGUUUCAAAACAACUCGAAAGGUGAAAUUGACAAGAGGUAACUUGGUGUUAGAUUGUCCUGUACCUACUCGUUAUUUGCAAUCUGUUCCUUUGAAAGAUACAAAAGAAUUCACUCAUAUGCGUUACACUGGUGCUACUUGUGAUCCCAAAGAUUUCGGUGCAGAAGGAUAUACUCUCCGUCAACAAUUAUUGGAACGAAAAACUGAACUUUUCAUUGUUUUAACCAUGUAUAAUGAAGAUGAAGUUUUGUUUGCUCGUACUAUGCAUGGUGUCAUGAAAAAUAUUGCUCAUUUAUGUACUCGUGAAAGAUCAAGAACAUGGGGUGUAGAAGGUUGGCAAAAGGUCGUUGUAUGUGUUGUUUCUGAUGGUCGUAACAAGAUUCAUCCUCGUACUUUAUCAUUAUUGGCUACUUUGGGUGUAUAUCAAGAUGGUGUGGCCAAAAACGUUGUGAAUGGAAAACCCGUUACUGCACAUAUUUAUGAAUAUACAACUCAAUUAUCUGUGGAUCCUGAUAUGAAAUUCCGUGGUGCUGAUAAGGGAAUGGUACCAUGUCAAAUGUUAUUCUGUCUAAAGGAAAAGAAUCAAAAGAAAAUCAAUUCUCAUCGUUGGUUUUUCCAAGCUUUUGGACCUUUGAUUGACCCUAAUGUAUGUUGUUUGAUUGAUGUUGGUACUAAACCUGGCCAUACUUCUAUUUAUCAUUUAUGGAAAGCAUUUGAUAUCAAUUCCAAUGUUGCUGGUGCUUGUGGUGAAAUUCGUGCCAUGUCUGGUACUGCUGGUGUAGCUUUUUUGAAUCCUCUUGUUGCUGCUCAAAAUUUUGAAUACAAGAUGUCCAAUAUUCUUGAUAAACCUUUGGAAUCCGUUUUUGGUUAUAUCUCUGUGCUCCCUGGUGCUUUUUCUGCUUAUCGAUUCUCAGCUUUGCAAAAUGAUGUGAACGGUCAUGGUCCUCUUGAAAAAUACUUUUUGGGUGAAACUCAACAUGGUGGUGAUGCUGAUAUUUUUACAGCUAAUAUGUAUCUUGCCGAAGAUCGUAUUUUAUGUUAUGAAUUGGUAGCAAAGAAGGAAGCCAAUUGGACUUUACAUUACGUUUCUAGUUCUUAUGGUGAAACUGAUGUCCCCGAUAGUGUACCUGAAUUUAUCUCUCAACGUCGUCGAUGGUUAAACGGUUCUUUCUUUGCUGGUGUAUAUGCAUUGUAUCAUUGGAGAAAAGUUUGGCAAUCAGAUCAUUCUUACCUUCGCAAAUUGAUGUUUAUGGUUGAAGAUUUAUACAACACUUACAACAUGAUUUUCGCCUGGUUUGCAUUGGGUAACUUUUAUUUGACCUUUUAUAUCUUGACUCAAGCUUUGGCUUCUCCUAAUUUGGCUGAUAAACCUUUCUCAACUGAAGUGGCCAAUAUUUUCCAUUUGGUACUCAACUAUAUUUACGUUUUAUUGAUCAUUGUACAAUUCAUCAUCGCUUUGGGUAAUCGACCUCAAGGUAGUAAAUGGGCUUAUGUGAUUAGUAUGGUAUUCUUUGCAUUCCUGAUGAUAUAUAUGAUGUUUGCAACGAUCUGGAUUACGGUGAAAAGUGUAACAACUAUUGUGGAUGAAUCGGAUGGUAAUAUGAUGGCAAUGCUUAAACAAUCAACGUUUAGAAAUAUUGUGAUCUCCGUAUGUGCAACCUACGUCAUGUACUUUGUGGCCAGCUUUUUAUUCUUGGAUCCUUGGCAUAUGUUUACCAGCUUUAUUCAGUAUAUUCUUUUAUCGCCCAGUUAUACCAACAUUCUCAACGUUUACGCCUUUUGUAAUACACACGAUGUGUCUUGGGGUACUAAAGGUGAUAGUGGUGUUGCUACUGAUCUCGGUGUGGUCAAGGCCAAGAAGGAUGAUAGUGGAGAACAUACUGUGGAAGUGGAAGUACCAGUGGAACAAAAAGAUAUUGAUGAUGCCUAUGAAGAAGCUUGUUUGGAAUUGACUCGUCAAGUGGAACCUGAAGUACAACAUCGUGAUGCCAAGACUAAACAAGAAGAUUAUUACCGUUCUUUCCGUACUCGACUUGUAUUAUCAUGGAUUAUCUCUAAUUUGGCCCUUGUAGCUAUUAUUACCAAUACAACUAUAUUUGAAAAUGGAUUAGGUGAUUUUGAUACUAGAAGUUCAGUCUAUCUUGGUUUUAUUCUUUGGAGUGUGGCUGGUCUUUCUGUCAUUCGUUUCUGUGGUUCUUGUCUUUACCUUGUAUUCCGUAUUUUUACUGGUUAGUUAGAUUAUUAUUAUUAUUGUUUUCUUUUUAUUAGCUUAUUAUUAUUAUUAUAUUGUAUAUACAGCAUUUUUGUUGAAAAU